AUGCGGAAAUAUAUGUGGUCGCCGCCCGCCCCGGGGGACGGUGCACGCGUAUUCGCGGGUGGCGACGCCGCGGAGGCGCCGGAGGGGUCCUCCCCGAGGGCCUGCGGGGAGCUUGCGAUUGUGCCUCCGCACUCCGAGCUGCAGCUGGCGCCGCGGAGCCAGUCGCCGUGUAUGGCGCUGGCGCACUCCGGGGUAUGCCCCACCUGCCACCGCCCGCUCAACACGAGCCCCGCGGAAGAAUUGCCGCUGUCUCCCGCGGAGCGACGCUUCUCCCCGCAGUACUUUAGGGCCCUGGUCCAGGCAAACGCGCAGCAUCUUUCCAUCUGCGAUAGCCCCUCCUUUUGCCAGCAGCGGCGGCAGCAGCAGCAGGGGGUCGAAACUCCCGAGACCUUGCAGCAGGUCCGCAUGUCCUCCCGGCCGCGGAGCAAGCGCGCGGCCGACGCCGAGAACGAGGAGAAGACGAAGGAGGAGGAGGAAGCGACGGGUGUAUCCAGGGAGGCGAGUGCGGGCCUGGCCGAGCUCGCGCGGGGGGAGGAGGCGAACGUUGGCGGCGAGGGUGUUAGUGACCAUGGCGGGUACUACAGGCGGUACUUUAGGGAAAUUCAAAAGCUCGGCAACGGCACCUUUGGUGGGGUGUACCUCUGCCAGCACGUCAUGGAGGGUGUCGCGCUCGGGUACUUUGCGUUGAAGAAGAUUCCCGUGGGCGACAAUGUAGAGUAUCUGCAGAAGGUGCUGCGUGAGGUACGCAUCCUGGAGGAGGUGAAGCAGCACCCCAACGUGGUGGAGUACAACCACAGCUGGGUGGAUGUGGCGCAGCUAGCCGACUUUGGUCCACCCGUGCGGUGUCUGUUUAUUCUCAUGGAGUACGCGACCUUGGGCUCGCUGGACUCGUACCUUGAGCUGCACGGCACGGCGCUGCCGACGAUCGCCGUUUGGUACUUUUUCCUAUCCGCCUUGGCGGGAACCGUCCACCUGCACAAGAAGAAUAUUCUGCACCGUGACCUCAAGCCGCAGAACCUGCUGCUUACAGGGGCGCCUGAGAAGCCUCCGCGGGUCCUUGUCAGCGACUUUGGAACCGCCACCCUCCUUGAGGAGGUUUCGUACGAGCGGACGGGCGGGACGGGGACGGUGGAGUACAUGGCCCCUGAGCUCUUUGAGUGUUCCUCGGAGAGCAGUGGAACGUACAUCAACGCCCACACCAAGGCGUCGGAUGUCUGGUCGCUGGGGAUGAUCCUGCACUACCUUGCCUGCAACGGGACGCUGCCGGCGCGCCUGCCCAACGGCGCGGUGGUGUUGAACGUGGAGGAGUCUGCCCCGUUUAUCCGGCCGCCGGAGAUGGUGGAACUCAUUCGAGCCAUGCUGCACCGCAAUCCAGCGAAGCGCCCCACCUGCAACGAGUUGCUGAAAUCUACCGUCGUGCAAACCAUUCUUCGCAGCUUUGAGAAUGCAAGUCACUUCACGGAUAUUCUUCCCACGGCCGCAGUGACUCCUGCCAGAAAUUCUCCCUCGUUGCGUGGAAAGAAGCGGGAUACGGCAGGACGCUCGAUACAUGUACGCCGUGGAGAGAAUGACUCCGCCACUUCGUGCGCCCACGACUGGAAUGCUCCGCACGAUAACGAAGAGGAGGAGGCGUCGCAGCAGCCACACUCGCCAGUGGUGGAAGUGCCGCUAAUGCUGCAGUACAGAACGAUGGAGUCGAAGCGCGUUACGUCCGCCGGGGCGCGUGGGGUUCAGAAGGGACGAAGAAUAACUAUGGUGGAUCAGGCCGUGCAGACGGAUUACGUCAAAAUCGUCUACGAAUGA